ACUAAUUUCUAUAGAGGGCGCAUCGAUAAAAAUAUCCUCAUGAUUGCUCCCAAACCUCUCUCUAGCAAGAAACAACUGACUCGAUAAACAUGGCGGCGUUGAGAAGAUGCAUUUCAGGUGUUUGCAGUAUUCUAUCGAAUAGUAUAAAUUUGUCAGGAUGUAAUUUUCAGCAGACACGAAAUCAUAUUAACGCCAGAAUGAAACGAGACAUGAAGCGCAGGCGUUGGACAAAGAAAUAUGCAGAGGAACGUUUGCGAUUAGUUGUCAUGAAGCGAAAUGAUAUCUUGCCGAUUGAAAUAAGAGAACUUGUAAGCAAACAGAUAGAUGAAACAAUUCCCAGACAGACUGCUCUGAGACAAUUGACACCAAGAUGUGUAGUGACUUCUCGUGCUUACGGCACUGUGCACAGAUGGAGAAUAUCGAGAUUCAUCUUCCGCGAUUUGAUCGAUUACAAUAAAAUGGCUGGAAUGCAACGUGCCAUCUGGUAGGACAGUACAUGUUGAACUGUACGCUGUUCCUUCAGUGUGUAUACAUAUUAGUGAGAUAUAUCAUAUAUAUGUAUGAAUAGAUGUGAUGUACAAUUAUAGAAAACAAAUCUAAUUCUUAUUUCUUAUUGUA